AUGGUUGAUAAGCACUACUUAAUCAGUUUAAGAAAUAUUGAAAUGAUUGGUCAUUCCCUGACAUCAUUCCUGCACCCGAAUGACGUUGACUUAGUCCAGACACAAAUCCAAACGGCUCACCAACAAGUCUCCAAAGGAUCUCAAACCUCUGACAAGAUAUCAUUUCAAUGUCGUCUGCGUGAGAAGAAUCAGCCCCGAAGUGAAGUGAUAACGUACCAAAUGGUUCAGGUGUCCGGACAUAUCACCAAUUCUGCCAAAGAAAGCGGUGAUAUAAGCGACGACUGUUACCCUUCAGACCCCGACGAGGAUAAGCCCGAGAACCGGAUUCUCUUCAAAGGAUUCAUUCAAGUCAUUCCCACGAAUCCGAUGGCAGAGUUGUCGCUCAUGGACGCCGAUCUCGAUGAAUAUGUCUCUCGACACUCACUCGACGGCACUCUACUCUUCGCGGAUCACAGGAUAUCCGGAAUUAUCGGUUAUUUGCCCUCAGAAGUGAUGGGAAAGUCGGCCUACAGUUAUAUACUACCCGAUGACCACUCCAUAGCCCUUUUUGCUCAUAAAUUAAUGUUGUCCAAUAGCAACGGCACCGGCACUAUAGUGCACCGGUUAAAGACAGCCAGCGGUUCAUUCGUGUUUCUGCAGUCUUCGGGUUGCCUUCAAUACGACAAAAACGGACAAAUAGAUCACUGGGUUUGCGUCAGUCGGCUACUCGUUGAGAAUGAAGGCGACAAAGAAAGGGAUAAAUUUGUCAAACGAUUCACACCUCAUAUCUAUAACAUCUCGCCGACGGCUCUGUACGAGUCGUUGCAGAUAGUGAUCGGUCCGCGACCUGUGACCGGUGGGUCGGGCUUUGGGUCGGACACCGGUUUCGACGACCAAAGCAAAUUGGACUCAAAUUCGGUCAAAAUUCGAGACUUGGAUUCGUUGGACUCGCCGCAGACACGGACCCCACUCCAGUUGACUGAACCCACCUCCCGGUGCACACCCACUUUUGUCUCAGGGAUAUCGACGGCUACACCGUUAAAAUCUAUGGCCAUGAGUGCCGCCGCCAAUAGUACACUAUCGUCACCACAACCACAUACACCUCUCACCACCAGUUCAAUACAGAACCAAAUGGGGGGCCAUUUAGUGUCUAAUCUCACUACCGGUGCUAACGUGCAAUCCAUACCCGCAGUACAAAUGUCGCCGCCCGUCGUCCAGAUCCAGACGCUGCCUAUGUUUCCAAUAAACUCAACACAAAUACUAACGCAACAAAUAUCACAAACGGCUAACUCUAUGAACGGCUUCGACCAUAACGUGGCGCUCAAUAGGAGUAAUAGUUUCUCAAACAAUGUCAUCAAUUUUAUAACGCCGGCCCCCGUGUCCCUGUCGUACCUGGACACUAAUGUAAAUACGAGUAAUUGUGAUAACAGUCCACACAUGAGUAAAUUAAGUGCUAAUAUUGGCGUCGGAAGCGUUAACAAUACCUCAAAGGCGCCGCCGCCGGCCACUGAUUUAUCGCAUCUGUUGGGCGCCACUGUUCUCACGUUUGAUAGUCAACAGAGACCUGUCUUAUCGGUGUACAGCCCACACAUGGCAGCCCUCGAAGAAAGUGCUAAAAACAAUCCCAUUUUGAAUUCGUUGGCCACGAAUAUGGCGACCAACUCCGGUGUCAAUCCCAAAGUGAAUGUAAUGGAAACCAGUGAUAAUUGUGUGAACAUUAGUCCGACGAUGGAUACCAGCUUUUAUUCGCCCAACACUACCAACCAUUGCGAGGACUCACCCCUCGGCUCACAGACUGAACGCCUGACUCUCAAUGGACUCAAUUAUGAGGAGCUCUCCAAUCAUUCGACUAAUUCUUUGCUUAGUUUCUCGUUUCCCAGUGAUUUCGGCUUAAUAGAGGAGCAAUCGUUUGGAGACAACAUAUUAGACGACCCCUUC